UCUACCUCUUUUCUCUCUCCUCUCUGCAGCUGUGGUCUGCUGAGUGUCACCUCCACACAGCAAGUGCCUUUACUUGGGCAGAACAGGGAGAAGGAGCGUAGCUGUGAGAGAGACACACGGAGAGAAAGGGGGAAAAAAUCUCAGGAGUGUGUCUCAACGCACCAGAGGAGCAUCUCUCUGACUUCGGAGAGGGCUGAAGAGCGCACAGAGACUGACGGGCAGAGACAAGCAGCGGCGUUGGAGUAUAACAGUGCUGGUGGUGUUGGCAGAGCACGCCGAGUGGACACAGGGGAAUCCACCGGCGCUGUUGAUCCUGGUGUCCCUGGCAAGAAAGAAACAACAACAAAAAAACUGCUUGAGCGGGAGACAGAAAGCGGUGCAGCAGCCAGGAUCUCGCCAGGGGGGCAGCAUUUUACAGCGACAACGAAGCGUGGAGACAGCUGAAACCUGCGCGCAGACACACUCUUUCUCCCUCACACGCGCGCAUGCACACACACACAUGCAAACAGUGAGUGUGAGCGAAAAGGGACGCUCGCGGUGCUUUCAAAAGAGCCACAAAAAUCCUUCUUCUUGUGAAACGCACAUACUUGCACAGGAAAACAACACAAAACAUUUCAUCUUCUUCGGCCAGGGAUGGUGGAUGAUGAAGGAGAAAACUUCUGGAGAGGAAAUUGUCUUUGAAGCAGGACUUACUGCUGAGGUUUUGUAUUUUUAAUCAACUUUGUCACCACCACCCUGUUUUUUUCUUUUUGAAGUUGGGGCAUUUUAAAGCCUCCGUCUAAGCACAACAACUAAACAACCUCUAUUCUUAGAGGCAGAAAUUGAGAGCUGUCUUUGUGACCAUCAAGAUGUCUAUUCCUGAUUCGGUCUGAUUGGUAAGUGGAUUAUGACGGCAAGAUUUGGGGAUUUUUCUUUCACCUGAAGAAAGAAAGAAGGAAAGAGCGACAGAAACCUAUCCAUGAUUGGUGGAUUUAUGGCUGUCAGAGAAGGAGAGGAUCCCUUGCCUUUUCUCCUCUCUUCUCCUGUGGAUUACAGAUGGGCUUUGUGAUCUCCCAGUGCAGUCUCAUGGAUGAUCGCUCGCUGCCAGUCAUUAGGAUAAAGUACAAAGAGGGACACAAGUGAGUAUUCAGCUGGAUUUUUAUCUCUCCAGCUUAAGCUUGCAUGAAAACAAGGGUGUCGAGAGUGAAUCUGUAACGAGAGCACAUCGCAGCAGCUUUUCUCUUUUAAUAAGAGAAACUGCAACUCGCUGAUUAAACUGUUGUGUUCCCUGAAUAAUUAUCAGAGCGUAAAAAGGUGGCUUGGGCACAGGCGGAGAUUGAUUGAAGUGAUCUGUGUGAAUCCUAUUAAUGCAUCCUGGAUUGUGGCCAAGAAAGAAGCAAUGGAGGGGAACACCGCUGUCUAGCAGCGCUAUCUGAUCUGCCUCUCACUGGACAACUGAGGACCCUCUGCACUCCCUCUUCAACGACAAACCUCCUCUUCUUCUUCUCAGACAGGCAAGGAUGGUACCCCCGCCUCCCACCAACAAACCCCACGUGUGCUUGUCCACCAUUCUGAUCAUGAGCAGCAUGGCGCUGAUUGAUGCCUACCUGGUAGAGCAGAAUCACGGCCCCCGCAAGAUCGGCAUCUGCAUCAUGGUGAUGGUGGGAGACAUCUGCUUCUUAAUUGUCUUGCGUUACGUGGCAGUGUGGGUGGGCGCCGAGGUGCGCACAGCGAAGCGAGGCUACGCCAUGAUUCUCUGGUUUCUUUACAUCUUCGUGCUGGAGAUCAAGGUUUACUUUGUGUAUCAAAACUACAAAGCAGACAGGAAGAGCUUGGACGCUCUCGCGAGGAAAGCCUUGACCUUGCUGCUGUCUAUUUGCAUCCCAGUGCUGUUUGUGGUGCUGGUGGCUAUCGACCACAUGGAGUAUGUUCGAGCCUUCAAGAAGCGCGAGGAGAUCCGUAACCGCCUCUUCUGGGUGGUGGUGGACUUGCUGGACAUACUGGACAUCCAAGCCAACCUGUGGGAGCCACAAAAGAAAGGGCUUCCUCUGUGGGCCGAGGGCCUGAUGUUCUUCUACUGCUACAUCCUCCUGCUCGUGCUGCCCUGCGUGUCCUUGAGCGAGAUCAGCAUGCAGGGCAUCAACAUUGUCCCCCACAAGAUGCUCCUGUACCCCAUCCUCAGUCUUGUGACCAUUAACAUCAUCACUCUGUUCAUCCGCGGGGGGAACAUGCUUUUGUACAGGGACGCCAGGGUAUCUGGGAUCCUAAUAGGAAAGAACAUCUUGGCCAUCAUCCUAAAGACCUGCAGCUUUGUGCAGUACAGGAGACAGUUGCAGAACGCUCCUCCCGCCUUCGGGGUCGAGCUGCAGAAAAACUCAGUGGCCCACGCUCGCCCUGCCCCCACCCCUCCUCAAGUGGUAAUGCAGGACCAGACACCCCUCCCCGAGGUGACUACUUGCGAACACACAUGACAAAACAGCGGGGCGAACCCUGGAAAUGUCAAUACAAGUGUAUAUGACCCUCAGGACGCUGGCGGGGCACAGUUUUCCACACCUUUUAGGGCAUGCGAACACUCAUGUGAACACACGGGAGAUCAACAUCUCCUCUGAUGCUUCAUGGCACAGAGAACACUGCAGACACUUAGUGAUGAUAGAGCGUCGGAUCCAAAGCUGUCAUUGGUGCAAAAUACAGUAUUAUUUGUGACUUUGUUAAAGCGUUUCCUCCAGUAAAUCCAGUUACCUGUGUAUUUUUUCUAAUUGUACAACUGAAAGAAAAAAGAAAAACAACCUAUUGCAACUAUUGCAAGAUUAGAGGAAUAUAUUUUUGAAUUGUGUGUGUUGCAUUCUAAUCUUAAAUUUAAGGGUCUGUGUGGUGUGGUGUGCAUUUUCUGUUCCUCGAUUGUUCCUUGUAGUCGAGGGCUUCAACGUAUCAGAUUUAGAGGGAGCAACCAAUGAGAGAAUCAAACAGUUAAAAGCUUUCUCUGGAAAGAAGUGUUUUUAUAUGUGAUUCUUUGAUAAAGUAUUGUGUACAAGAUAAAGGCUCUCCUGCGCUCUCACUGGCUGUAAAAGGGGUUUUUCAUAAAGGCAUUUGAAAGUUACUGGACCAAUCGACUAUAUUUCACCUUUUAAUUAAAAUUCAGCAAAUGU